AGGGUCAGGUGGUGGAUCGAGGAAGCUGGUAUAUAUGGGCGCAUGCUGAAUGUCGCGUCUCGUUCUACUUUCUCCUCUUCACAUCCCCGACAGCGAGCGCCGAAAGCAAAGACAAUCGUAAGCGGAGUCAGCGGAGCAGUGCGUCAUGGACGCCGAAGCGAGGACGGUUUUCGCGCGGACGAGGGCGGGGCUUGUGCAGCGCAGAGGGACGUUUGGGGAAUCGUCGGUUUGCGGGGGAGGAUACCGAACCGGGUCAUCAGUGAGCUUACGUUUCUGAUUACGUAACCACUACCCCACGGGAGGGACAUCCGAUACCCCGUGGGGAGGGACCGCCAUCGGGCCCAUCGAGGCCGGCGCACUCUUGGCUUUCGCACCGACACUCAUCGUCGUCGUCCAUGUUCAGCACCGCGACAGCACAACAGGGCCCCAUCCGCCAGGACGGGUUCGAGUCCUCCUUCGAGUCCGCCAGCACGCCCCCGCUCGACUCGCUCAACACCAUCAACCACCCCUUCCUCAAAUUUGCAGCAAACCACGACAACAUCGACUUCACCGACGAUCUUACUGGUCUCAUAUCCCACGAGCGCUCGACACACUCGCCGGCCCCGACGAACACCUUGUCCACCUCGGCCACCUCAAAUUCGUCCACGUACCAGCACAACAUCUUCGACAUCUCUGCCCCUACUCAGCUCUCUAUGCAUCACAACAGAGACGAGUUUGCACUUCAGCACAGGGAGGGCACGUCGCCUCCGGAAAACUACUCUACUGGCACCCGCCCGGACUCUGCAUUCCCCGCUAAUUUCAACUCAACUCUGCCUGCGCUCAACUCGUCUAUGCGCUACGACCCCCAGCCCCCGCCGCGCUUUGACCCAGCCGCGGCCAACCGCACGGGCUUCGACGCAGGGGGCCGACCCUUCGACCGGAACUCGUUCGACGCGGCUAGGCAGGACCGUGUGCAUACCUCUCCAACCUUCUCAGACCACCGCUUCGACAACCGCUCCUUUGCCGCAGACCGCUUCGACAGCACUGGCCGUCCGUUCGAUCCCCGAUUUGACCAUUUCUCCGAGUCUCGGCGCUCAGACUCGUUCGACCAGACAGGGGAUGGCCAUCACUUUGGCGACGCCGCUCGCUUCGGCGAACAGGAAGAGCAUGUCAAUCGCUUCGAUCCUUCUCAUCCUGGGCACCAUCACGCAUUAGACAAGUCUUGGGAACGGCACUUCACGCCGAGCCCUGACUCGCCAUUUGCGGCUGGUUUAGCUCGUGAGGCAGGGCGCCCAACCACAGCUAGUACGAAUGCCACCAGCAGAUCGCGAUCAAGGAGCAGGCCGCCUUCUGUUGGCCCUCAGCGUACCACGCGUUCCCGCCGUAAUGGGUCGUUCAGUUCCGCGGCGAGCGGCAGAAUCGGAAGAUCCGACUCCAUCUCGUCGUUGUCGGGCACGUCGCCCACUCGGCCUCAUGCCAUCGUCAUCCCAGGCAAGAACCAGUGGGGCUCGUUGGGUAGCGCUGGCGGACUGAAUGGUCUCAACAACGGCAUCAACGGCGUUGGGAUGGGCAUGGGCGGAUACAGUGCUUCUAGCCCCGAGUCCGCCUUCUCGCUUCCUACCCCAGACUCAGGCUUCCCGCACAGCUUUAGCAGUGCCUAUGGGGCAUUUGCAGGGUCCAAAGACGGUCUUACGACGCCAACCUCGAGCUCGCUUCCAAGCCUGACGGGUUUGCCGAGCUUGGGUGGAUCGCAAUACCAUGCCCCUGCCGCAGCUCCCCAGCAAGCCACGCAGAACAAGCUGGAUGAGAAGCGAAGGCGCCGCCGUGAAAGCCACAACGCUGUUGAGCGUCGCCGCCGCGACAACAUAAACGAGCGCAUCUCUGAGCUUGCAGGCCUCAUCCCCGAGGAAAUGCUGGAUGGGGUUGCCGGGCAAGGUGGCAAUGCCGGCGACAAGGCAGAGAAGGACAAGGCUGGCCAGUCGCCGACCUCGCCGACGUCCCCCAUGCUUGACAUGCUUAAGAUGGAAGACGGCGAUAGCGCAGAGGGUUUGAAUGCGCCUGGGACCGUGACCCCGACGCCUGCGACUGCGAACGACUCGAAGGACAAGCCCAAUUCGAUGAAGGCGAACAAGGGCAUGAUCCUACGCAAGAGUGUCGAGUAUAUUCGAUACCUUCAGCAACUGGUGAACGCGCAAGGUGCGCGUAACCGCGAGUUGGAGGAUGAGCUGCGCGGCUAUCGCGGCAAUGGCAAUGGCAAUGGAAACGGCCAAGGGUACGGUAGCGGUUUUAGCAAUGGCUCUUUCGGCAACUUUGGAAACAAUGGCUUCGAAACGUUCAACUCUGGACGUGAGUUCCUCACCAUCCAGGAGGAGGAUAUUGAGAUGCGUGACGGAGAGCGCUCGAAGAAUGAGCAGGCCGGUAAUGGACCUGCCGACGACAGACCCCAAGACGAUCGCCCUCGCGGGGGCAAUGGCAAUGACCCAACCCGCGGCGACUCGCCCCUUACCGCGCCAUCCUCUUCAGGUGGCGAGGAAGAAGACGAGGACAGCGACGACGAAUAUGUCGAGGGGCCGAAGCGCGCCCGUCGCCGCACGGGCGCCAAGAAAGGUCAGAAAACGCCUCGCGCAGGCGAUGCAAACAAGGUCAACGGCGCGAAGGGGAGCCCCGUCCUCGCGAGCGCUCUGCGACGGGGGCGGCGUGGUCGCAGUGACGAGACGGACGAGGGCAUGGAGGAGUGAGCCUAGCGGCCGUGCAACGAACAGACAGACAACGACUAUAAUGACCCUCAUACGUAUGUCUCGUCGACCCUGCAUCGUCGCCGCUGCUCUCCUGCAUUGUUCAUCGUACCCUUCUCGCACAAUAUCGGUUAUCAUUCUUUCUGGGCCUUCGAACGCCCGUUGUACAAUCUACCGUUCAUCCAUGUAUCUGUAUUAUUUACCACUCACCGCAGUCAGUCGAGGAGGCUGAUACCUAGCUGCUCUCGCCUCUCGUGCUUUCCAUCAUUCCAUCGCCCGGGUCGUCGUUACUGACUGUCACUUGGUGUUAUCUUGCUUUACUCCUGUACUAGUUAUGUAUGCCAAUCAAUGCUCAACGUGUUGCAGCGUCCCA